AUGGAACCAAAACAAGUAACAUUAACUUUACAAACCAACCUUGGUGAAUCAACUAUUGCCGGUAAAGCAAUUGCUCUCCCUACGACACGCCAAUUUCCUCCACCAAUUGGUAUGCGAUUCGAAAAGGGAUACUCAACCUCUGGAGCUGAUAUUUGGGAUGUAAACGAAUUCACUGUAACCUCUGCUUCUCUCACUGUCAACGACCAAGCUGCCGUCGAAAUUCCAUCGGCAAGAGGAUCAUGUUUAACCAACACUGAGCAAGGUGUUGUCAAUGUUAGAUUGAAUUUGAAUGAACCACCCAAACAACCAAUCAGAUUCUAA